CUGACUUGAGACACCAAAGAGAACAGCUGCUUUUUAACCAUGAGACUUUGCGAUUUUUUCUGUUGCUGCCUAUCUGCUCCCGGAGAAAACUUUGAUGAUGAUCAGAGAAGUUCAUCAAGGAGCACCAAGGUAGACACCACCAACAAGAAGAAAUCUGGAAAAGGAAUUUGGAAGAGACUGGCUAACCCAAGCAAGAAAAAACUCAGGAAAGAGGCCAAGCAACUGAGAAAUCAAAUGGCUGAUAGACAGAAGAAGGAGAUCCAUGUGAUGGACAUUAUCUCUGAGUAUGAAGAAGAACCCAUGAAGGCCCCUCGUCCGCGUCCGGUGAAGUGGGAGACACUUUAUGAGAAUGUGGAUGACAUGCGGAUUGGCAAUGUAGUCUUCCACAAGGCCUGGGUCCAUGCUACCCAGCACAGCCAGGAUGCUGUCAGCCCAGAAGUACAUGUGGGGAUGCCGGAGGGAGACACAGCCCAGGCCCAGGCCCAGGCUGAUAUUCCACUCAGUAUUGGCCUGCUUGAGUUCGUCUAUGCCAACUUGUCCUGUGGUAACCAGCCUUCCCAGGCCAGUGAGAGCCCUGUGCUGGUCCCAAAUGCUGGAGACCGAGAGCUGGUGCAGAGGCAUCUGGCCGUGGAUGAGAAGGAUGAGAAGAAGGAGAAGGAGGCUGUUCUCUUGGAGGAAGAGAGGAGGCAGCAGCUGCAACUGCUGGCUUUGUUUCAACUGGCUGUUUUCAAUACAGCAUCAGCAACAGCAGCAGCCCAGAUGAACUAUAUUGUGGGACUAUUGUUAAGUAAUUUUGUUGUGCUAAUGAUGCAAAAACUGUAUUCUUUCAUCAAUAUUUAAUAACACUAUGGAUUUA